CUAAUUACCGAACAAACAGUCCCAGUUUGUAGACGCAAUUUCCAUGAAAAAAUAAACAUUCUGUCAUUUUUGCGGGUGGUAAAUCAUCGCAAUGCUCAAAAAGAGUUAAUUAUAUUUAAAAACUACGGCGGCACUGGAAAAUAAACAAAUUAGAGAUUAGCGUUAGCUCUUGUAGCAUAGUGCGCUAACAAACAUUCAGAAAACAUGGCGGUGUCCUUGAGCAACGCUGGUGUGGUGAGGCUACUGAGUGUCUUACCCAGGGCCGGGUCAUUAUGCAGCUCCUCUGGAAGCAGAGGCCUCCACGUGACUGCAGUGUGCUGCAAGAAUCGAGCAGCUCGUAUCCGAGUGGGGAAAGGAGACCGACCUUUGACCUAUGAGCAAGCACUUCACCCUCAUCACAUUGGCCACCGCAAAGGAUGGCUUUCACAGCAUACCAGUAACCUGAAAGGAGAGGAGGGGGCGGCUGAGCGGACCGUAGAGGACGUGUUCAUCAGGAGAUUCAUGUUCGGGACCUUCCACAAUUGCUUGGCCAAUGAGAUUGUGAUCAAAAGGCGCGGCAACAUGCUCAUCGUGUGCGCUCUGAUGAUACAGAAACUCCCUCCUGUUAAGUUUUACUUCUUAAUAGGUUACACAGAGUCGAUACUGUCGCACCUCUACAAAUGUCCCGUCAAGUUAGAGAUCCAGACGCUGUACGAGAAAGUUGUGUACAAGUACCUCUGAUGGAGCUGUGGUAAUACUGUACUGCGUGUUUCCUGUGUGUAGACACAGUUCACCUGCAGCUGGAGUUCAUAAUAGAAAAUUAUGACUUUGUUCCCAUCUCCAUUCCUGCUCACUGAGUGAUGCCACUUUCUUUUCAUUUUACCCAGAAUUAACUUUUUUUGUGAAACAAACUCUCAGAAUUAAAGAAAAUCAAAUCAUUCAUGAAAUUGUUUAAUAAACUAUGUGAAUAUAUCAGGUCCAGUUCACUUUGUUUAAAUCUGCUCUGUUGUCUGUACAUAUGAAGAUGUCAUCAUCAAGGUUUGUACAACAGGGGGAAUCUGAGCAGAGGACUGUUUCAUACAGGAAGAUUAUCAUUGUUAUUCUUAAUAUUAUAAAUAUUGACCAAUUAAAGGGGCACUCACACAGACAUAAUGUCUUCUGUGGCUCUGAAGGAAAGAAUAACCCUGGUUAUUAUCUGGCUUAUCUCAUCCUGAGCUGGACACGUCUCAGUUUUAAUCCGUAACUAAGGAAACCUUUUAAGCAAUUUUGUGCAACACCCUUAAAUAACUCCCUCAGCAAAGGAGAAAUUAAACCUUAAGUGUCGUACUUAAGUAAAAAAAUUAAGUUGUUUUGUGCAGCCGGCUCCUGAAAUUUAAGAUUGAGGAGAAAACCUUAAACACUAGAGUGAACAUUUGAAGGAAACCUUAAGGAGAAGACUUCAGGAUGUUUUGUACUGGAAUACUAGAAAUAUCCAAAUGAGCAGUUCCAUUGAAAUGCUUCUUCUGAUUUAUCUUUAAUCAGUUUCAUCACAGUGCAAAUAAAUUCACAUUUAAGGCACGUGCACCUCAUCAGUGCAGAUAACAAGGCACACAGAUUAAACUUCCAUUUCCAACGUUACCAUGAAAGAUUUCCCUUGAUGAAUCCUCCCAAAAACACACACUCCACUUCUUCCCCCCUUUCAUAAUGUUAUCAUUAAUACUCAGUGCAAAACAUUGUCACAAACACACGUCAGGAUUAAAAGUUUAAAACGCUGAGUCCACUUUCUAAUUGGACAAAAAAAUACAACAAGUCCAAUUACUUCUUGUCGGCUCAACUUGUUUCACUGAA